AAACCUCCUGAUGGUAUUUUUAAUGUGUUAAUCCUAUAAAUCAAAAGUAUAAAUAAACAUUAUGGGUUGUUUGAACCCAGGGACACUUCUUAAGUGUAGAUGAUUGUGACAGGACCAAAUUUCAAGGACCUUUUGGCAUGGGCAAAUGUCUCUGGAUGUUUUGGACAGGACCAAUUUUCUGCUAAUUAGUAGUGGUGGUGGUGGUGAUCAAAGCUGCAGUAGCAGGAACUGGAUGUGAAAUGUGAAGGAAAGAAUAGAAUCAAAGCUAUUUCCUAGGUUUUUAGUUUGAAUAACUAAAGAAGUAGUGGUAUUUUUUACUGAGUUUGGGGACAAUGGAAGAAAAGUUGUGGAGAACAACAACAUUCUUUUCUGGACCAAAGGGACUUAAGCCUCAAACAGAUGAUAUUAAAACUGUCUUUCAAUCACUUAUGAACAGCUUUCCAUUCUUUCUUCUCUAAAUUACUUCAAACUGUUUUUUGUUCUAAGUAAUUUCUUCAGGGAACAUGAAAAAUUGUUGAAGUAAUAAUGACAUGAAUCCCAGAGGUCAAAUUACUCUGCCAUCGAUGGCCAUGUAGCCCUGGAUGAGUCACUGUUUUUAAUUAAAUCAAGGUAAGCAUUGCAGAGAUGAACAGCAGCAAACAAAGUCUAGACACCAAGAACCACCAAGGUGGUUCUCACUUGGUUUAGAGAGAAAUAUUAGCAAACAUUAGGGAAGAUAUAUGCAAUUAACAUGAAAUAGGGUAAGCAUUGGGGGUUGAGAAAUGGCAAAGUACUAUCAAUUUUAAAUGGAGACUUACUGAUAAAGUACUCAGACUUGAUGAUAUUAGAUUUCUGUUCCCAUUCCCAGACUCCCGGUGGUUUAACUUUCCAAGAAAGGGGUACGUGUGACUCAGGUCUGGCUCCCCAGCUGUACACACUUAGCUUUCAUUUAGUUACCGGUUAAACAAUUUUAUACAUAAAAUUGGUUUCAAAAUUCUUUAUAUCAUAAUGUAACUAUUUAUUUCAUCUGAGGCACAUUUGGUCUUCAUAUCUAGCACUUUCCAGAAUUUCCCAAAUCCAUUAUGAAAUGCUUCAAACCAACUUUAAUUCUGAAUGGAGGCAGCACAUGGCAAUUCAAACUAGAACAGGCUAGAUCUUAGUAAUCAAGUUGGGACCAAAACUCCUGGGGUGCACUCUGUGCUUAAAGUGUGCUGCACUGGGUCUUGUUUCUCUUUCCUUAAAAUAAACGGUUUACACUCAUAGGUGAUCACAAGGUUCUAUUCUAGUUCUAUGAUAUUUGAAUCUAGUAAGCUUCUGUAGGUAAGAAAACUUUGAGUUCUGCUUCUUUUCAUUCUUGACAAAGAUGAAUUAUAAAUAAGUCACCCACAGAUGAUUUUACAGAUGAAUUUAUAAUAAUAUUUUAUUGGGUCAGUAUGGAGUGGUUCCUUCUACCACUGUGUUGUAUAAAACUAACUAGCCAUGGGAAUUAAACCUAUGAACUUCAAUCAAACAUGCUAAUAAAGCUAACUGAAGUGUAACUGGGUCAUAAAGGUCAUAAAAUAAUCACAUGGAAGUCCAGUAUAUAUAUGGUCCACCAACUUCCUCCCACUGCAGAAAUAGAGAAAUAAGUUUUUUUUUUGUGGGUGGAGAUAGUUGCUACAUUUACUACAGAUAUUGAAUUUCUACAAUACUGUUUAAUUUCCUUUUUUCUUUUCACCUCUGUCGUUGGUGUCAUGCACAAACCUGUUCACACUGAUAAAAACUGAAGGAUACCAAAAGAGUGAUGAUCAGAGAAUUUUAAGUGUGAAGUGUUUUAGCAUCACAUCACUGUCCUGAAAAACAGAGCCUUGACUGGCAUAAACCACUUGUACAGAUAAAGGUACUUUAAACAACAAUCAACUUUUUGUUUUUAUUUCAACUGGACAAUUUUGAUCAUAAAAGCUCCUGUGACAUAAUGCAAGAAAAUCUGAUAUCAAUGAGUAACAACUCAACAUGUAUUCAACCAUCCAUGAUCUCUUCCGUGGGUUUACCAGUCCUUUAUAUCUUCCUUUGUGUCAUUGGUCUCUUUGGAAAUUCUCUUGCUCAAUGGGUAUUUUUAGCAAAAAUAGGAAAGAAAACAUCAACUCACAUCUACCUAACACAUCUUGUGACUGCAAACUUACUUGUGUGCAGUGCUAUGCCUUUCAUGGGUAUCUAUUUCCUCAAAGGCUUUCAAUGGGAAUAUCAAUCAACACAAUGCAGGGUGGUCAAUUUUUUGGGGACUCUAUCCAUGCAUGUAUGUAUGUUUGUCAGCCUCUUAAUUUUAAGUUGGAUUGCGAUAAGCCGCUAUGCCACCUUAAUGAAAAAGGAUUCCAUACAAGAGACCACAUCGUGCUAUGAGAAAGUAUUUUAUGGUCAGUUACUGAAAAAAUUCCGCCAGCCCAACUUUGCAAAAAAACUAUGUGUUUACAUAUGGGGAGUUGUACUAGGCUUAAUUGUUCCUGUUAUCAUAUACUACUCAGCUGUGGAGGCUACAGAAGGAGAAGAGACCAGGUGCUAUAACCGGAAUGUGGAAUUAGGAGCCAUGAUCUCUCAGAUUGCAGGCCUCAUUGGAACCACAUUUACUGGAUUUUCAUUUUUAGUUGUACUGACAUCAUACUACUCUUUUGUCAGUCAUCUGAGAAAAAUAAGGACCUGUACAUCCAUUACGGAGAAAGAUUUGACUUACAGUUCUGUGAGGAAGCAUCUUUUGGUCAUUCAGAUUCUACUAAUAGUUUGUUUCCUCCCAUUUAGCAUUUUUAAACCCAUUUUUUAUGUUGUACACCAAAGAGAUAACUGCAAGCAACUGAAUUAUUUAAUUGAGAUAAAAAACAUCCUCACCUGUCUUGCAUCAGCUAGAAGUAGCACAGACCCCAUUAUAUUUCUUUUUCUAGAUAAGACAUUCAAGAAGACAAUAUAUAAUCUCUUUAAAAAAUCUGAUUCAACACGUAUACAAUCCUGUGGUUGACCUCUGAAUGGAAAACACCACCAAAUAUAAAAGUGUCCAUAUGAUUCUACUGGGGACACUAAAGUACAUGAUCAACAGGUCAGAGCUCGGCUGAUAGCAGGAACCAAGAAAACCUCUUUGGUUUAAAAAAUAAAUAAUCACAAAACUCACUUUACAGUUCCACUUAUAAUGAAGGUUGAGAUGGAAGAGAUCAAAUGGAGGCAAAAGUCAAGCAUACUGAAAGAAUCCCACUAUACAUGAAGCUAAGAGACAAUAUUCUAUUUAAACUCAACCAUAGAUGCUCCUAUUCAGAACACAGUAUUUUGUGACUGUAGGAUAAAGAAGCAAAUGAUAUAUGACUUUUCUGCUUUCUAGUAGUUAGACUACAAGGGUCAAUCUAUGGAUAGUGUUUUGUUGGUAACUUUAAGAGUGAAUAAAAGAAAAAAGUGAAUAUGAAAUUUCAUCAAUAAAGUCCCAUCUAAAUGUAUGAAUGAUACAGAGUAAGAAUCCAAGGUUUUAUAAACACAUUUAUUUGGUAUAAUCUAGCUCAUGUUACUAGGAGAAGAAAUAGUCAUUAAUUCUGGUAUUUAUUAAGCAGAUGUUAUUUAUAAAUACGCUUAAAUAUUUGGAUUAAGCUUUGUCAAAAUAAAAAUUUAAUACAAUGUCAUUAUAUGCCAAUCUCCAUCACAUUUAGUAUAUUUUCCUAUGCAUUUAAUAUGAUGUUAUUAAUGACAAAUAGUCCUUGGCAUGUAGAUAACCUUGAUUUAUUUUUGUGAAAUAAAUAAAUGAAUGAAUGAUAAAACAGUGUGAUGGCAUCACUGUUGAGAGACUGGUCUCUGGAGCUGGAAUCCCUGGGUUCAAUCCUAGCUUGACCUCUUAUUUAGCUGGACAAUUACAGGCAACUUACCCUCUUUAAAUGUUAAUUUCUUCAUUUGUGGAAUGGAAAAACACUACAUAAUUCAUAGGUACUAUUAUUAAAUCAGAUGAUGUUAUUGUUAUGAGUAGCUACCAUUUACUAAGCACUUGCUAUGUGUCAGGCAUUCUUUUUCUGUGCUUUACAUGUAUUAUUUAAAUCAUCACAACCUUAAAGUAUGUCAGUUUAAUGACGAAAAACUGAAGCCCAAAAUUUCUCCAAUAUCUAAGUAAAUAUUUAAAGAGUAAGCAUUUUUUAAUGGUUAUUUCUUCCUUCCGUGUAAUCUUGUCAGGCAAAUGAUGGUGACCAUAUUCUGUGUCAUAUGCAUUAUAAUUAUUAUUUUUUAAAAUUAUGUUUUUUAGCUUCCUGAAGAGAUCAUAAGUACCUUUAGAGCUAUAGUCUGUUUUCUAUUUCUACUCCCAUGGUACUUGUAUUCUCUGUUCAGAUAAGAACCACACAAAAGAAAGCUGAAUAAAUGUUAAUUAUAACUUGUUACUUAGAGAUUGCUUAAAGACUCAUUUAUCCUCUAUAUGGUCAUUUCUUCAGUGCUCAAAAGAAGUUUCAAGUAAGUUCACAUAGCACUUCCAAGCCUUUAAACUCAUAGCAUAUUUUCUGAACUCAUAGCAUGUUUCUGAAUUUUUAAUUCAGAAACAAUUCACUGUACAGAUUCCCCAAGGACCACAUGAUCAAUAUCACUAGAGGUUUUCCCAACAUGUCUGCACAACUUUAAUUUAAAAAGAAUAGAAAACAAACAGUAAGUGCCUUUUUCCCCUUUUGAUUUCAAUGUUCAAUUGAGAGAAGAAAAUGUUCAGAGAAAAGUCUGAAAAAACACAUGCUAGCUUCAAAUAUUUAUUGUGUACAUUUAUUCUUUUAUAGUAACAAUCUGAUAUCUGGCUCAUUGACUUGCACAGACAAAGGCAAACCUGGGAACUCCAGGUGACUUCCUGCGUGCUGGCUAUAAACAGAGGUGUCUAAGCUAGUAACCUCAUAGACAGGAAAAUCACAGAACAGCUCAAAGUUGACCAGGGGAGUUCCCUAAAACAUGUAGCUUUUCCACAGGUGUACCAGUAGUUUUAUUCUUAUAUAAGUUAUAAAAUAAAAAUCAUUAUUUUAAAAAGUCACUCUUUACAUUGCUACUACUUUAAAUAAAAUGUAAAAGAUAUUGCCAAAAUAGAGUUUCCUGCAUUUAAAAAAGG